CCGCGUGAUCUCUGUCGCUCGUAGUUUUAUUAUAAAGUAUUUUCAGAAAGGUAUUCUUAUCAUGAAUUUCUGCGCAGAAAGUAUACGAUACCGAUCGCAGAAGUUGACGUACGGCUGUUAGUAUUCAUCCGGCGAAAUUAUUCAUCGUUCUCUCCCACCGCGCUGUCUCUUAUUUACGGGAGAGAAGUGCCACGGCUUGAGACUCUCGCGUCAUCCUGAGAAAAACCGAUGAAACCGCGCGAGAAGCAUAAGAAAGGAUUCCUAUCAAACACACGUACGAGACGAACAAUAGAUACAGGGACAUACUCGAUCGAUCGCGUAUUCCGCGCGCGUUUUUCCUCCACGUCCAAAUAAAUUAUUAACAUUCUAUUUACACUCAGAUGAUAUUCGGCUAUUCUCGCGCGAGCGUGUUAUCAAUAUUAAUCACAUAAAUGUUUCCGCGAUGACAGGUUGCAAAGCGUAGUUUCAGUGAAAUCAGAUAGAAUUGCAACGUUUGACGUAAGACAGUUUUCGAUCGAAAUCAAAGUAAGUUUACAGAAAUAUGCUGUGCAUGCAACGUGAUAUUUAAAUUAUUCUCAAAAAAGUAUCUGAACUAUUUUCUGUUUAUAUCGCGAAAAUGUAAUCGACAGUAUUUAAAUAUUGUUCAAUCGAACUGUGCAUUAAUUUAUUUGAUUUCAUUCAAGUGAGUUCGUUGCUUUUGCUUGCACAUAAGUUGAGUGACCUCUUAGCAUCUAUUUAUAUGAAAUAAUGUGUAUAUCAUAUCAGCUAUCAAUAUGCUUGUUAGUAUUCAAUGAUUUCUCGAAGCAGUAAGAUCGCGGUUUCGUUUAUACAUCUUUGUGAUUGACAGUUUGAAGCAAUAUUAAAACUACGUUUUUCCUACAAAAUUGCUAAUUGUCACAGUCUUGUUUUUUAUUUGACAUAUAAAAUUAAUAUAUAUGUAGAUACGCAAAUUAGUAUGGCAUUCAGACAAGUCUUAUUCAAUGGUGGAUUGGUGUUAAUUACUAUAUUAACUCUUUCUACAGCCAGCAAUACAAAAAAUGGUGAACAAAUUGAUGAUCUGUCUGCAUUGUAUUACGAUUGUAAUGUUCAAUUUUUCUACGAGGAAAAUAUCUUAAUAGGCGAUUGCAGUAUUUUUAUCCAAAUAAACAAUUCCACGAAAGGAAUAAUUAUAAACUUAAAGAGUCCAUGUUCUAUAUUGCAUAUCUUUUUGACUGGCUUAAAGCAAAUAGAUAAUGUUGAUAAUGUUGAUAAUGUUCGCAAUCAGACUUUUAUACUAUCUUAUUCAUAUCUCGCUGAGGACAUUUUACAGCUUGAUUUUACGAAAUACUUAAUACCUGGAGAAUACGAAUUAAAAAUCAUAUACAGCCGUAACAUAAUUGAUAGCACACAGAAUUUAUCUCCUUUAGGCUCUAUAUAUCUAGACGAAACGGGAGACAAAGUGUUGAAUGCAAGAAAAUUCGAAAUAAUAAAAGGCCGAAAUAUAUUACCGUGCGUGAACCGUGCUUGUAUAGCAACUUUUAACAUUAGCAUUAAGUAUCCUUCAAUUUACAAAGUUUUAUCGAAUAUGCCAAUACAAAACAAUAAUACAGCAGAAGAUGACCAUGAUAUGCAAUGGAUACAUUAUAAUGAGACACCUUUAAUGUCAAUUGACGACAUCAAGAUAAUAAUAACCAAACUUGUUCCACUUUUUGAUUUGCAUUCGAAUGUCGUAUUUUGGUGCAGAAAAACGGAAAUAGAAAAUGUGCAGUAUGCAAAAUCUAUUGCUUCUUCUAUAUUGCAGUAUUUUCGCACAACAGGAAAUAUAAAUAUAAAAAAACUGAAUUACGUUACAAUUACGUAUGGAACGGCAACAGGAAUUACGUAUACAAAAUUUGACGACAAAAACUAUCGUAAUAUACAAAAAGAAACUCAAUACAUUGACGGAGUCCUAAAGAAGAAAGUAUGGAAACCUGAAGACGAUGAAAUAAAAACACGAGAACUCGUUUCGCAUAGAGUAACAGAUAUUAUUUACAAUAAAAGUUUGUAUCCCUUUAUGCGUAAAAUAAAUGUGGGACUCUUAAUAGCGAAGCAAAUAACAUCUCUUUGGUAUGGCGAUGUAUUUCUUUGGUCACAUAACAGUUUUACUACAUUUUAUGGAGCACAUCUCUUGGAUGAGGUUGAAUUGAAAUAUGUUAAGCGUGAAAGAGUAAUGGAUCUCUGUGUUGUUCAAAUACAACAAGAAUCAUUACGUUAUGACACUUCUUUUGCUAAAAAAUCGAAAACAUUGAGCAAAGUUAAACGUAUCCUUAAAAUUCGUAAAACUCGUAAACACCUCAAGUCUCGAGGAGUCUCUAGAAGGUCUAAUAAAGUAUCCAUAGAGCUACAUUAUAUGAAAUUAUUCGCGUUAUGGCGCAUGUUACAAGGUUUAAUUCCUCAUAAUGUGUUUUGGACGUGUAUCGACACAUAUGCACGAACGCAAUAUAAUUAUUCAAACACAAUCUCAGAUGAUUUAUGGACUACUAUGCAAGCUGUUCUAAAUGUAACAACUAAUACAUACAAAUUUGAUAUAAAAAAAGUAAUGGAUAGUUGGACAAGGAAAAACUAUUAUCCCUUGCUCAAUGUAACACGAAAUUAUAAGGAUUCCACGAUGCUGAUAAGCUACGUCAAAUCUAUUUCUAAUAAAUUAUAUCAUGAUGAUACGACAGAAGAUUGGAUAUCUGUGACUUAUACGACGCAGUCGCUUAUUAGAAAUAUCAAUUAUUUGUUUUGGUUAAAUUUCCCUAAUCACAAUUAUACAGUUAAGAAUAUUAACAGCAACGAUUGGGUAUUAGUGAAUAUAAAACAAAUUGGAUAUUAUCGUGUUAACUAUGAUACUGAGAACUGGCUUAAACUUGCACGCUACUUAAACUCUGAUAAUUAUGUCGAAAUACAUGUUAUCAAUCGGGCUCAAAUCGUAGAUGAUGCGUUUUACUUUUUGAUGAAAAAACAGCUCGAUUUUGUCACGUUUUGGGAGAUUGUAAGCUUUCUAUCACGAGAUACAAGUUAUAUAGCAUGGCAUCCUAUGAUUAAAGCUCUUGAAUACAUGACAUGUAUCUUUCCAUUUUCUAAUAUGCCACAGGUAACAGAACAAACAAAAAUUCUAUUAAAUGGACUUUUGCAAAACAUAGAAGAAAAUUCGGACCACGAUUUUACUGAAUGUUUGAGAGAAGAAGCCAUAAAGUGGGCAUGUAUUUUCCGUGUCCCCAAAUGUAUAAAUAUAUCUAAUUCGGAACUAACAAAGCAUUUUGCAGAUACAAAAAAAUAUUCUCCUUUGGCAUGGAACCAAUGGACAUAUUGUAAAGGUUUUCUAUACGAGAAUUACACUUGGGAAAAGAAGUGGAAUGAAUGGCUACCAGCAGAUAAUGGAAUUUUAGAAUUUUUUAUUUGCUUUAGAAAUUCUCAAAUCUUUGUUCAAUAUUGGUCACACAUAAAGACAAAAACAUUUUUUAGGCAUGUACAAGUUAAUAAGCAUGCUAAUGUAUUUCUUCUUAUGAUUGCGAGGCAUGCAAGUAACAAUAUAGCGUUUAAGUAUAUUUUGGAACAGUUUGAAAACAUAAAACCCAAAAAAGUUAGCACAAUUGCCACGUUAAUUGUUCUUAUUACGCAUAUACAUGAUGUAUUUCAAUUGGAAAAGGUACAUAUAUUUGUGAAAAAUAAACUGGAAGAAAAGGAAAAUAAGACAUUGUUUAGAUAUGUUAGAGAAAAAAUAAGAACACGCAUAAAUGAACACGCAGAAAAAAUCAUUAACUACGGGUUCUACGGAUCUACGCACUUAUAAAAAAAAAAUAAAAUAGUCAAACAUUUGAUUCA